CUCUCUCUCUCUCUCUCUCUGUCUGCCUCCGUCUCUCUGCUAUAUAUACGGUUGCCGAUCCUCUCCCCUCCUUCCUUCCAUCAUCGGAGACACCUCCAUAGCUCUACGAGUAGAAAUAUCCUCUGACCCUUCUCCUGCCCCUCGUUGCUUCUCUCCUCUCCUCUCCUCCUGCUUCCUCGUACACUGUUCCCUAAAGGAACCCCCAAAGCUCGGUCCUUUUUCUGGGCCUUUUGUGUGAGAUAUUAAGUCAGAGAUAUCGGGUCGCAUUGAUUUACUGCCAGUUUAGCGGAUCUGAGCCUCAGCUUCUCUGAUCUGUUGAAGCAGUCCUCUACUGGAAUCAGUAUUUGAGGACUUUCAGAUUGUGAAGGUGGACGAAGAUUCAACAAAACGCAAUAUACCCCGAAACUUCACAAUAUUUUUCUUAAAAUGGGUCUCUCAAGUCUCCCUGCCCCAUCAGAAGGAAUGCUAUGCAUUAUCUUGGUAAACACGGCCCUCACCUUCUCCAUAUUCAAGAACUUCAUUCGGACAAUCCUCCGCAUCUUCGGGUUCCGAAUCUCUGCAUCGUCAUCGUCACCACCUCCGUCGUCUACAACCGAUUCAAUCGUGACUCAUCAGCUGGACUUCUCCGACUUCUAUACAAGCCCUACAGAGACGUACAUCGAGCAAUUCCGGAGCCAGACACCGACAGUUCAUUUCGAAUCAGUUUGUGGCCUCAACAAGGGAGAGCACGACUGCUCAGUCUGCCUGACCCAGUUCGAGCCUGACUCGGAGGUGAACCACCUCUCCUGCGGGCACAUCUUCCACAACGUGUGCUUGGAGCAGUGGCUCGAUUACUGCAACAUCACCUGCCCCCUCUGCAGGAAUCUCCUGAUGCCCGAGGAAGAUGUGCCCUGCUUCUGGUGAACAAGGGAAAGUGAGGCGGACUAACAAGUUCACGUGGGGAGUUCAUGUAGAUUUUUUGUACAGCAUAGUGUCGCGCAUGUGUGUAUGUGUGUACAGGUAUUUUAGGUCGGUCUGUGCAUCGGCUUCUGCUCUUUAUCGUUCGAGAGGUUGAGCAGUUUGAUGCCGAAAUCUCUAAUGAUGUACAUAUUUGAGAGCUUACUGAUCUGUUCUUAUGCAUCUGAACCUGGGGCAGUCCAUGUCCUUUUCUUCUCCUAAUAUUUGAAAGGGCUGACUUAUCAUGUGAA